GUAAAACACGUCGCGAGGUCUUUCUUUAUUUCGACUUAGUGUUUUGUUAUAAAUCAUGGUGAUAUUACGGGCUAAAUGUGCAAUUGCCGGCGAAGCUUGUGUUGGAAAAAGUGCUCUUUUGCAAACAUUUUGCAGUGAUGGAACACAAUUUCCAAAGAACUACACCAUGACUUUAGGUGUUGACUUACUCACAAAGCUCGUGAAAAUACCAGAGACGAAUGACAGCGUGGAAUUGUAUUUGUUUGACUCUUGUGGACAAGAAAUUUAUUCAGAAAUGAUAGAGCAAUCGUGGGAUGGCAUAGACUUAGCUAUCGUUGUAUACGAUGUCACCUCUGAUCAGUCAUUCAAUGCCACCACAAAAUGGAUCGAACGAUGUUUAAAGCAAAAACUAGCUGGCAACAUGAUUGGUGUUUUGAUUGCAAACAAAACAGAUCUUAAACAACGACGUGUUGUAUCCAUGAAACAAGGCAGGCAACUGGCGACCACGCAUGCGUUGGAAUAUUUCGAAACAUCCGCGAAACAAAAUGAAAACGUCGAAGCUGCAUUUUACUAUCUUGCCAACACCUAUCAUCAAGUAUACACAGAUAAAAUUUCCAAAAUGUUAUCAUCCGCUUGAUGUUCUGACUCAAGUAAGAACUAUUGAAUGCAGGUUGUGCUUUUGGGGGGAGUUCAAGAUGAUCAGGUAGUGCUUGGGGGGGGUUGCAAGAUGACAAGAUACUGCUUGGGUGGUUGUAAGAUGACCAGAUAGUGCUUACCUUUGGAUAGUGCCUUUUUCAACAGCAUUAAAAUUGUGAUUGUAUUUUGCUAGUCUUGACGAGCAGGAAACUUUGAUAUCUUUGAAAUAAGAUUUUUAUUCCAUCAUCUUUUAAAGAUUUUUCAAACUAGCGAAAAAUUUUCUAUAUUCAGUGGACAGCACUAUUAAAGAUUUGUGCAACCAUUUUCAGUGCAUUUGUUAUUUGGCAAUGACUCUUCUUUGGAGAACUUUGCCAUUCAAAAAGCAAUGUAAUUCUUUGUGGAUAAGCCAUUUAAACAAAUUUCUUAAAACGCCAUUUCAGCGUUCGCAAAGAUCAUAGUUAAAACUAUGCGCACUAGUUAUAAUAUGUUAUACUGAUGUGUAUGUACAAAUGUUUCACUACAAGUUAAUAUAUAUCAAUGACUUUUAUGUGAAAAUUACCAGUAAACUAUCUCGUCUUGUA